AUGACGGAGGAUACAACCACCGCACAAGAUGCGCCCAAUAGACAGACUUCAAUGCUUAAACGCAAACCAGUCCCAGUCCCUGCCACAGCUGCGCCCGUCCCUGAUGCCGAGGCAGCGAAAUCUCAACCCACCGAAACAACGGGCGUUGCUGGCGACCAAAAACAUCAUAUACCUCUUGUCGGACCGAUAGCCAUCUGGUGGACAUCCCAGAAGCGAUCACGAAAACUUCUCGUCAUCGGCGCUCUUGUCGCCGUCCUUCUAAUCGCGCUAAUUAUCGGCCUAGCUGUCGGACUCACAGUUGGCAAGAACAAAACAUCCAACCUUCCCUUGCCGACUUCCAACGGGGGUCCGUACUCUGGUGACCUGACAUACUACGACCCCGGCCUCGGUGCAUGCGGCGAUACCAGUACAGAGUCCGAAAUGAUUUGUGCGGUCUCCCAUAUCGUCUUCGAUGCGGCGUCGACGAGCUCAAAUCCCAACGACAAUCCUUUAUGUGGCUUGAAGAUUAGAAUUCGUCGUGAUGGGCAUAGUGUAGAUGUCAAAGUUGUGGAUCGAUGUGUUGGGUGUGCCGAGACUGAUCUUGAUGUUACUGAAGCGGCAUUUGAAAAGGUUGCUAGUAUUCCUCAAGGAAGGGUGACUAUGGAAUGGGCAUGGCUAGAGAAAUCACCUGUGGAUGCUUAA